AUGGGAGGCCCUCCGAAUUCCCAAGCUGUGUCUCUCCCCACCAACCUCCCCUUCCGCCUCGUCUCCAAAACCAUAGGAUCUGGUGCAUAUGCAUCCAUCAAAAAAGCCACCCCCUUCCACGCCCCCUCCCCCGUCAUCGCCGUCAAAUUCAUCAACAAAGACCACGCCUUCCGCACCGGCCACCUGCGCCCCAAACAAAUCCAGCUCGAAAUCACCCACCACGCCUCCGUCUGCCCGCACGACAACAUCAUCCGCUUCCUCUCCUGGGGCGAAGACGCAGCCUGGAUCUGGCUGUCCCUCGAACUCGCCGAUGGAGGCGACUUGUUCGACAAGAUUGAAGCCGACGAAGGCGUGGGAGAGGACGUGGCGCACUUUUACUUUGCGCAGCUGAGCAGUGCUAUUUCUUGGUGUCAUGGGAAAGGGGUGGCGCAUCGCGAUGUCAAGCCGGAGAAUAUGCUGCUGAGUGCUAGUGGGGAUCUCAAGCUUGCGGACUUUGGACUCGCGACGCGGUUUCUUCUCCCGCGUACGGGAGAGCGCAAGAGCUGUGGAAUGGUGUGUGGGAGUCCGCCGUACAUUGCACCUGAGAUCCUGGCGGUGGGAAACGCGAAUUGCAAGCGCAAGAAAGAUGAGGAGAAGUCGGGGUACGACCCGCAGGUUUCCGACGUAUGGUCUUGCGCUAUUGUGCUCUUUGUGCUGCUGGCCGGCAACACGCCUUGGGACUCGCCGGUGGCGGAGGAGAGUUACGAGUACUACGAUUAUGUGCGCACGCAUGGGCGUCCGACGGACGAGCUGUGGGCGAAGAUUCCCGCCGAGGCGAUGAGUCUGGUGCGAGGGAUGUUGAAGGUGGAGCCGCGCGAGCGCUUCACGAUGCAGGACGUGCGGAAGCACCUGUGGUUUACACGCGCGAAUCCGCAUCUCAAUGCAAAGGGCAAAGUCGCAAAUCCCGUCAGUCUGGCGACACAAAUGCUCGAGAGUCUACGCAUCGACUUCUCCGCCGAAAUCCCAGUCUCCCAACCCAGCGGCGAAGCAAUGGACGUCGACUCGCAGCUGCAUCACCACCAACUCGCCUCCACGCAACCCGAAAGCCCCCUCGCCGAACUCCCCGGCUUCGACUGGGAAGCCACCCGGCCCUCCCUAGCCCGCACAACCCUCCUCUCCGCCUCCCAACCCAUCCACACAACCUCAAUCACCAUAACAACACACCUCUCCUCCCUCCUCGACACCCUCUCCCAAGACCCCAGCAUGUCGCAAUUCCACCCCACCCCCUCUGUCCCUCUAACCCUAACCCAACAAGCCCGCCAAUUCACCGACAUCGUCCCCUCGCACUCCCUCACCCGCUUCCUCUCCCUGCUACCCCCCUCGCAGCUCCUCCCCAUGCUCACAGCCUCGCUGCACAGACUCAACGUCCCCGUUGCGGAGCCCGCUUCUCUCGCUGCCAUCGAGGGCACCGGGAGCGGUAGUGUGCGGCUGAGGGUGAAGACGCGCGACGCGCGGAAGCAGGAGUUGCAGGGGGAGAUUGUGGUGGAGCGGUUGGGGGGCGAGGUGUUGGAGGUGCGGUUUUUGAAGGCCAAGGGCGAUCCCGUUGGGUGGAGGCGGUUGUUUAAGCAGAUGGCGGUGCUUUGUAAGGAGGGGAUUGUGAAGCCUUCGGCGGGGUGA